AUGGCCACCAACGAAUCGAACCGCGUCGGAACCGAGGCAGGAGAGAAGUCGCGCGACUUCGCCGUUACCGACACCGCAACCCCCUUCUCUUCGUCCCCUGCUGCGACGACGACCACUUCCUACCCUCCUCCUCCUCACCAUCCUGCUCCCGUCGACCACUCGACUCCUGCGACGUCUGCGUCGACUGCAACACCCGCUACCGACACCACUCGCGCAUCGAUCGCUGGACGCAUCAGCGGAGCGUUCGGAGCGAUUCAUGGAGCGGGAGAGGCGAUUCGUGGGACUAUCAACUCUGCUUUGGACGGUGUCGGCGACGGCAUUGCCGGCCGCCCGCAAGGAACGGUCGAGUCGCGUGAAUCUGCGCGGGGCGAGGAAUCUGUUGCGCAGAAGGGCAUCAACGAGUUCAAUCAGGGUGUUGCGUCGCUCAAGGGUGACAAGGGCGCGGCAAAGACGUCGGGGAUCUGA